UAUAGCCUAGUUGGUUUGUGACUGAUGGUCGAUUAUAACCUUAUGGCUAGCUAGAUAAGUGGAUUCCUGUAGUCAGUUUAAUCUCCCGACUAACGCAUUUUAACAAGACUUUACUCAAAGCUGAUUAUGCACACAGCAAGGGCACAGUCUGGAAAAACAGGCUCUUCUAGGAAGAGGUUAAUGUGGCACCCAUCAACCCGUAAGGUCACUUAUCGAGUCGGAUACACGUGGAACAGAGGUGGACGUCUCAAAGAGCUCAGGCUAAGGCAUCUUGCACGAAAGUUCCUUCACCUCUGGAUUCAGAAGACCUUUGGGCGAAUCACUACAUCACAGGCCAGCUCUUUCCAUUGUAAUGUUGUGUUGAGGAAGGUUCUAAAAGCCUGGAGAGAUGAAUCUUGGCAUGCCAGAAGAGAAUGGACCCUCAUUAUUAGAGCAGACUGUCAUUAUAAGUAUGUCCUGUACAGUAAAGUAUGUCAAGCAUGGCACAAAUAUGUGUCAGUCCAGAAAGAAGAGAAUAGAAAGCUACUGCUUGCAUUCAAGUUUGUGAGGCGGCGUAUGUUGCGUCGUGUGUGGGAUGGCUGGGAGCUGUAUGUUGAAAUGCAACACUUAAAGUGCAGAAUGCAUGAGGCAGCCAUAAAGCACCAAACACUCACUGCUACUCGGUGGGUAUGGAUGGUGUGGCAAGAUGCAGUACAGCAGCGCAAUACAGAACAUCAACAAGAAGCCCUGUCUCUACAGCACUGGGUUACCUCUGUGAAGAGCAGAGCAUGGUUGCAAUGGAUAAAGAGAUAUAGACACGCCUGUAGCCUAAGGAAGCGUGCGAGUAUAGCUCACCUCCACUACUGCCAGCGGGUUCAGGGAAGUGCACUACAAGGCUGGAUCAGACACGCUCAGCACAGACAAGCUAAAAAUCAGGCGAUGGCUGUGGCUGGAAGAGUGUGGCACUGCUCUGUGGUGGGAAGGCACUGGUGCAUGUGGCGCAGGGCCCUGCAAUGUAGACUGGUCAAGAGAGAGAGAGGACAGAUGGUGGACAGGCUAGCACACCGUGCCACCCAGCGCCGGGCCCUUUCUCGCUGGAGAGACUAUGUUCAGAUUUGCUCAGAGGAGGUUGAGAAGGAACAGACUGCAAUUCAACACCAUCACCUUCAGCUACUAUGUGUGGGUUUUAAAGCUUUGGGCCUGAAUGUUACUCGGUGCAAAACUCAUCGACUAAACAAGAACAUCAGUGGCCAGCAUUGUUCACACACAAUGAUGGUGAGAUAUUGGAAGCUUUGGCAUCUUCGAUUGGAGCAGAUUGAGGAGCGGAGUGUCCAGCCCCUGAUGACUAUAGCAGUCAACAAUCACAGAGUCUCAGUGCUGAGAGCUUAUCUUCAGAAAUGGAGGGAAUUCUACAACAAGCACAAGCACAUGCAGGCUCUUGAUCUGCAAGCCGACUUGUGCUUUGCAAGACAUGUCCUUCCACGGUGUGUAAGAUCCUGGACUGAGUUUACAGCAGAUCGAACUGAGUACAGGAAGAGCAACGAGAGAGCUAAUCAAUUUCAUCAAGUACACAUGUACAGCUGGGCUUUUUAUACCUGGUGGGGGCGUUUUGUAGAUCACAGAGACCAGAGACUGGCAGAGAGCAUGGCUAUGUUGCAUGCGGAGCAGGUGUAUGUGUCUCGUGCCUGGUGUCGGUGGCUGUGUAGGGUACAGCAGCUCAGAGAGGACAGGCUCAAACAAACACAAGCUCGAAUGCUGUACACGCGCACUCUUCUGCACAAAACUCUGACCCAAUGGAGACACAAUGUUAAUGCCAUACAGGGCAGUCAGAGACAUUUUGAGCAGGCAGUAGAUCAUGAUAGGCAGCAGUGCAUGAGGAAAGCUCUGAUUGGCUGGUGCAAGUAUGUGGAACACAGACGACAGAAGACCAGGCGAUUGACACAAAUUAAUGAGCACUAUGAAAAGAGGCUACUUAGGCACACACUACGGCUAUGGAAGCAACACCAUGUGCAAACCCAGCACAUCAACCGUAUCGUCGAGAGCUGCUUCCACCACCAACAGCAGCGCUUGGUCAGGACGAUGCUGUGUUUAUGGAGAAGGAACAUAAAUCUGUCCAUAGAGGAGCGAGAGCAAGAGAGGAGAGCAGAGUAUCAUUAUCAACACUGUCUGCUGGCAAAGGUGCUGUUAGCAUGGUAUCAGAGGACAGCUCUUGCAGCUUCUCACCAUCACCAGCAGGAGGAAGCACUCAAAGGCGCACAACUUCACAUGGACAGAUUGCGGCUGCAGACAGUUCUCCGGCGGUGGAGAGAGCGGUAUCGUGAUGUGAGAGAAGAGAGGCUGUUUACAGAAAUAGCCUGCAGACAUCACCACUACGUCAUGCUUCAAAAAAGCCUCAGGGCCUGGAUCAUCAGCAAUUACCAGCACAAAUGCUACCAGGUUAUGAAAAAUCGGAGCUGUCUGCUGCACAAAUUAAGAGUGUGUCAGCAUUUUUUCCUCUGCUGGAGAUUUCAGCUACAGAGCAGGAGAACAGAAGCGGAGUUGACAGCGAUGGCCCUCUGGCACUGGUCCCUGAACCUGCAGUCCAAGGUGCUGAGUGCCUGGAGGCAGUGGGUGGAUGAGUGUUACAGAAAAAAGAGACAACUGGCUGCAGCAGCUCAGUUCUACAGAGAUGGGCUACUGCGAGAGGGCGUCACCCACAUCCUCACAUACACGGCCCACAUGAGCGCCUUCUCCACCGAUAUGGCCCUGCGCCACUAUGAGCAGAGUUCUCAGCAUCUGCAGGCAGUGGUAAGGAGAUGUGCCUUGCGUUGGAAGCAGCGGGCAUUGUGUAAGGCUUCUAGAGCCUGUCAGAUGGCAGAUAAAAAGGUUGGACCUCCUAAAAAGAGUGUGUCCUUCUGUCUGCCUGAUGACCAGCGCUCCAGCUACACCUACCCCUCAGCAAGGAGACACACAACAGAGCAGAGGCCAAGAGAUCCUGUUAUGGACAAACUGCUACUGGUUCGAGCCUCUAGGCUGCAACCCCGAAGGCCUGAUGACCUGUUACAGUCUUCAGCCAAAAAAAUACUGCAGCACCCCCAUCCCAGCAGUGUUCAGACGAUGGACACAGGUCAGACUGACACAUCUGCAGCAUUUCUCCCACUGCCCCCUGUCCAGCUGCAGCCUCCAGUCUCACUCCUCUCCAGCCUCCCUGCUCUGGCCAUAAGCCCUCCAGUGCUGGGCUACAGGCCUGCUCCUGCAGGAAUUCCCGCCACACUAGCCAGCGCCUUAAGCCAGGAUGUACUACUACCUCCUUCUUCAUUUACUGUAUCCAGAACACAGUGCAAGACAAGUUCAAGACAUAAGAACUCCUUACUCCUUACCCCUCGUGAUUUCACCCACCAUAACCUGUCUGGUCAAGCAGGUACAUUUAAGAGUGGUACUCUGGAUGAGGAAGAUGAUCUGCUUAUGCAGGCAGCUUGUGACCCAACUGAAGCUCUGACAGAAGAACUACUAAAAAUAAAACUGGAACUGCAGAGAUACCAGCAAGACAGAAACCAGCUGCACACGUGGCGUAAACUUCAGAAUGUCAUGACAAACUGGCUCCAAACUACAGGCAUCAGUGGUGAAACUGAGGAAAGAGAGAGCAUCAAACAAGAAUUAAAUGAGCUGGAGAGCCGUAUUUCCGCUCUGUCUGUGAAACUGACUGAACAGAAGCCCACCAUGAUCUGCCAUGCGGCACGGGUCCAAAGCAUAUCAGGCCAGCUGCUGGGAUCAAGCGCUCCAAUAUAGAUCAUCCUACCACAUGCAGAAUUUAAUACUGAGAACGACUACAUUUGUAUUGCAUAACUAAAUGACCUUUAACAGUUUCUUGACAUUUGUGAUUUCACAUCCACACAAAUUAAAUGUAUUAUUGGCAUAAUUUAUAUAGGAGAUGUUUGAAGAAUUUUAUGUCAAUUUUGAAAAAAUAGUUUUAUGGCUGCCAGGUUGCCACUUUAUGCCACCUUUAUGAUUGACUCCUUAUUUAUUUAGAAUUUUUAAAAAUCAUGAUUUAUAUUUGUGGAUCUUUUAAGGCAUUUAUUCAAUUUUACUUACUAUUUUUGACGUUUUUGUGACUUCUGUUAGUAAAUGCUUACUGUCAAUAAAUACAACGCUGGAACGUUGGUCGCAGUCCUCGAAA